AUGUCAACAACAGAGAACACAACAACAGUUAUAGUCCAUGAAGCUAUAAAUGAAGAAUAUGAGUGGGUUCAGUUUAACAAACAACUCCGUCUCAUUCGUUCGGUCAAAGACGAUAUGUACCAGAUGCAAAGUAUUUUGACAGCAUGUUUUGCUCCAGAUACCAAACAUACAGACGAUUGGUUCAAAAACCAAAGCACACCUGAACUUUUAGAAGAAUUUCCUCAUAUGCUUGCUUCCCUCGGAAAACCGAGAGAAGAGAUUCCGUAUGAAAAUCGUAAAAAUUUGCCAAAUGGUUUGAGAGGUUGGUAUGUACAUAGACUUCUUGUAAAUGCUGUUGCAAUGUGGGCUUCGCCUCGUUAUGCUUGGUAUAUUUACAGACUUCUUGACGAAAUUCAUAGACAAGAACGUGAAGAGCUAGAGAACAAGCUUGAAGCAAAAGAUGAAGUCAUUGAAGCAAAAGACAAAAGCAUUCAGAAAAGAAUACCACGUUCGGUACCAAAAGGAAAGGAAAAGAACUAUAAGUAUAUGAUUUAUACUGAAGAGUUGGAGAAAGAAGAAGACAGAGAUAUGGUUAUGUUGCAUUUAGUCAGAAGAAACAACAAAAGCUUUUACGACCUUGCUAAGAUUUACAAAUCUGACAGAAAUUGGUUCUAUCGCGAAAACUUACCGAUUUCAAUGACUCCAAAUGAAGAUGUGAAACAAAUAGUUCAAGAUACGUUACCUCAAACACACUAUGAUAUGAAAGGUUGUACAAUACUUACCUUCAAAGAAGAUUUGCCAUUGUUAAAGGAAAAAAUAACAGAGUAUUUUGACAACUUCAAACAAGUAGGGUAA